GUCGAAACCUAAUUACUCAUAGAGGUAACGGAAGCAGUUCUUGUCAAAAGUUAAGUUCAUAAGUUCUCAUUAAUACAUGCGGUGAAAGCAGUGAAUCUUUUCUAGCACCAUUGUCCACGUAAAGGCAACAUUAUGUCAGGGGUGUAUAAAAAUGGCGAGUAUCGCAAUGGGUCUGGAGGACUAUUAAUCCCAAAAAAAGGGGACGGGGUAGUGAUUUCCGGAAUCGCCGGAAGAUUUCCAGAGUCUGAUAAUGUGAAGCAAUUUCAAGAAAACCUCGUCAAAGGGCUCGAUCUUGUCACCGCCGAUCACCGUCGCUGGGAAUUAGACGAUCCGGAAAUUCCAAAACGUUGCGGGAAAAUAAACAAUGUAGAAAAAUUUGAUUCGGUAUUUUUUGGAGUUCAUUCCAAGCAAGCACACAUCAUGGAUCCUAUGUGUAGAAUACUUAUGGAACAUGCCUACGAAGCCAUAAUUGAUGCUGGAAUCAACCCGCGACAACUUCGCGGCACAAAUACCGGAGUUUAUAUCGGAGCAUGUUUUUCCGAAUCGGAGAAGACUUGGUUCUACGACAAACGCCAGGUCAACGGGUUCGGCAUCACAGGAUGCAGUAGAGCUAUGUUAGCUAAUCGAAUCUCCUAUUGGUUGGGAAGCACAGGACCCAGUUACAGUGUAGAUACGGCAUGUAGUUCCGGUCUUUAUGCUAUGGAUCAUGCAUGCAAAGCUAUUAGAAACGGGGAAUGUGACGCUGCUAUCGUCGGCUCAGCCAAUUUGUGUCUUCAUCCAUAUGUGGCCUUACAAUUCUCUCGUCUUGGCGUACUUUCCCCCGACGGACGUUCCAAAUCAUUCGAUGCCGAUGCCGAUGGUUAUGCCCGUAGCGAAGCCGUAUCCGUUGUAUUUCUUCAAAAAGCGAAAGAUGCAAAACGUAUCUAUGCACAUGUAGUUAACACGAAAGUAAAUUGUGAUGGUUUUACCGAAAAUGGAAUCACCUUUCCGUCCAGUACGAUGCAAAGUACGCUACUGGAACAAUGUUACAAGGAAUGCGGAGUAAUGCCGUAUAGUUUAGCAUAUGUCGAAGCACAUGGAACUGGUACUUACGUCGGUGAUCCCGAAGAAGUAAAUGCCAUCGAAAGAGUGUUCUGCCCAGGCCGUAAGACUCCGUUGAAAAUUGGUUCGGUUAAAUCAAAUAUGGGACAUUCUGAACCAGCGAGUGGACUUUGUUCGAUCGCUAAGGUCGUAACAGCGAUGGAAAGUGGUGUUCUACCCCCAAAUCUGCAUUACAAGCGUCCUCGCGAGGGAGUGAAGGCGCUACACGAUGGUCGCAUACAAGUAGUUACAGAAGUAACUCCGUGGAAAGGCGGAUACGUAGGAGUAAAUUCGUUCGGUUUUGGUGGAGCAAAUGCACACGCAUUAUUAAAAUCAAAUCCCAAAGAAAAAAUAAACGGUGGUGCACCCAACGACGAUUUACCGAGACUUGUUGUCAUAUCUGGACGAACGGAGGAAGCUGUUACUACUAUAUUGGAUGACCUUGAAAGUAGACCACUCGAUGUCGAAUACGUCGGCCUCUAUCAUAGUAUACACGUGGAAGAGAUUCCAAGCCAUUUGUAUCGUGGGUAUACCAUUUUGCCAGCAAAAGGCUUAUUAGAAAAGAAGAUUCGGGAUGUACAGCAUUAUUCUGGUGCAAAACGACCAGUAUGGUUCGUUUACUCUGGUAUGGGAUCACAAUGGGCUGGAAUGGGAAGACACCUCCUUGAAAUCCCUGUUUUUCUAAAUGCCAUUAAAAAAUGUGAUGCCGUCCUAAGGCCGAGCGGACUGGACAUUUUUGACAUUCUGACCAAUCAAGAUCCAAAAACUUUCGAUCCCAUUCUACAUUCUUUUGUGGGCAUUGCGGCUGUCCAGAUUGGUCUAACGGAUAUCCUAACAUCGAUAGGAAUAGUCCCAGACAAUAUAAUUGGGCAUUCGGUUGGAGAGUUGGGCUGCGCAUAUGCCGAUGGUUGUUUUACAGCAGAACAGAUGAUAUUGGCGGCAUAUUCUCGAGGUAUAGUUUCUACGGAAACUGAAACGAUCAAAGGAUCCAUGGCAGCUGUUGGAAUGGGUCACCAAGAAUUGAAAAGAUUAUGUCCGUCUGAGAUCGAAAUCGCCUGUCACAACGGCCCCGACAGCUCAACCAUCAGCGGACCGGCCGAAGCGAUGAAAAAAUUCAUCACCGAAUUGCAGGCAAAAAACAUUUUCGCCAAAGAGGUGGCUUGUAGCAAUAUCGCUUAUCACAGUCGGUAUAUAGCAGCGGCAGGGCCGAAAUUACUGAGUCAAUUGCAAGAAAUAGCACCAAAUCCUAAAAUGCGUAGUGCGAAAUGGUUAAGCACGUCGAUACCACGUUCGAAAUGGACGACAAGUUUCGCCCAAUUAUGUUCACCCGAAUAUCAUACGAACAAUUUACUGGGCCCGGUAUUGUUUCAAGAAACAUCUGAACUGAUACCAAAUAAUGCUAUAACAAUUGAAAUAGCACCUCACGCAUUGCUUCAGGCCAUAUUACGAAAAUCAUUGGCUGAAACUGUAACGAAUAUUGGAUUGACAAAACGUGGAAGUCAAAAUAACACGAUUACUUUACUUAAAGCAAUUGGAAGCAUGUAUCAGGUUGGUUUACACCCACGGUUGAGCAAUUUAUACCCUGCUAUCGAGUACCCGGUAAGUCGUGGAACUCCCAUGAUUUCUCCUCUGAUUAAAUGGAAUCAUUCGGAUGACUGGUACGUAACCAGUUACAGUAGUCAACAAAAAAUUGUAUCCGGGGAAAGAACUGUUGAGCUUUCAGCUGCAGUUGGAGAAUUCGAAUGGAUGAUGGGACACGUAAUUGACGGUAGAAACUUGAUACCAGCUACCGGUUACUUGGAAUUAAUUUGGGAAACUAUUGGCUUGAUGCGUGGAGAAUUGUAUACCGAGGUGUCGGUUGUUUUUGAGGAUGUCAGAUUUCAACGAGCUACCACAUUACCAAAAGAGGGUAGCGUCGAGCUCACGCUUAUGAUACACAAAGGAAGUGGAAGAUUCGAAGUUUUCGAAGGUGGAGCUACCGUUGUCACCGGAUUAAUUCGUGCUGUCGCAAAUCCAUCCCAGGAGCGUAUCGAUCUUGAAGUUGAAAGCGAUGAAAGUUAUUGCGAUGGAUUAAACGCGACGCGCAAAGACGUUUACAAAGAAUUGCGACUCAGAGGGUACCAAUAUACCGGUUUAUUUUGCGGGCUCGACAAUGUCUCACCAAAUGGAACCAGCGGGCGUAUCGCAUGGAAAAACAAUUGGGUUGCGUUCAUGGACAAUAUGCUGCAAAUGCAAAUCAUCGGCGUUGAUACUCGAGGACUAUUCGUUCCCACAAGGAUUCAGCAGCUGGUUAUCGACACUAAACUACAUUCGAAGUUACUACGAACAAUGCCGGAUGGUGACAAAGCUUUUACGAUAAGAGUCGAUAAAGAUCUGGGUGUAAUUGCUGCCGGUGGAGUUAGAAUUCGAGGACUAAAAGCCAGUGCUAUUGCUCGUAGAAAACCUGCCGGUGAACCAGUACUUGAAACAUUUCAAUUUAUCGAACAUAGAGAUCGAGCUCAAUUGACAUUGAAAACGAUAACACGAUUGGCCGUCCAUAUAGCUCACGAAAACCAUUCGGGUUUCAAAGUUAAAACUGUGGAAUUAAUCAAAGACGCUGACCAAAUAGCUCCCGAAUAUCUGACCACUCCAAUAAUUCAAGAAAUUCUUGGAGAUUUGCCGCUAAUCCAAGCCGACCUAAGCGUCUUCGCACCAAUCGGAAAAAUUCCUGACGAAGCUUUAUCUCCUGCUAUUAAAAUUUCUGAGUCGAGUAAAUUGAGUAGUGAAAAAGAUGCGUUACUGGUCAUUGGUCAUGGACUUCUUUCGAACGGAAAUACAGAAGCUUUGAUGCAAUUGGAAUCGUCACUGAAGCGUGGAGGUUUUAUACUCGCUCGAGAGCCGCUAAAGAAUUCAGGUAGCGAUAUUUUGUCGACCGCGAAGAAUCAAAAUCUUGAUAUUCUUCUAGAAAAACGAACCGACACUGAGUUAGUUUUACUACUUCGUAAACAAGAAAAACUACCGGAAAUCACCGCCAUUAUACAGGUGAAUAACAACGAGUUCGAAUGGUUACCGAAACUGCAAGCUGCUCUCAAAGCAGAAAACGAAAAAACCAGUAACAUAAACACUCGAAUAUUACUCGUUAGUCAAGGGGACUUCGAAAGUGGACUGAUGGGAUUGAUAAAUUGUCUUCGAAAAGAAACGAACGGCGAAGUUAUACAGGGACUGUUGAUUCAAGACACAAACGCACCGAAGUUUUCUUUGUCGAAUCGACUUUACUCUGAUCAAUUAAAAUUGGGCUUGGCACUGAACGUACUUCGCUCUGGACAGGUGUGGGGCUCUUAUCGGUUCCUUGCAAUGGAUCCACCGUUCCCAGUACCCGUCUAUCAUGUUCGAUUGACUCAAUUAACACGUGGGGAUUUGAGCGCGAUGAGAUGGGUGGAAGGGAAGCUUCGACCAACCCUCGAAUCUAAGGAUAUUAUCGAGGUCCAUUACUCGCCGUUGAAUUUCAAGGACAUUAUGAUGUACACGGGAAAAUUAACAGCCGAUUUUGCCGACCAAUCGAGACGGUUGGCAGAAGAUGUAGUCGGAUUUGAAUACUCCGGAAGGGAUGCGAACGGCCGCGGUGUUAUGGGUAUGCUAGGGAAUGGUACUUUCUCGAAUUUAAUUCUAUGUGAUCGAGAUCUAAUGUGGGAAGUACCGGAUAAUUGGACAUUAGAAGAUGCUGCUACGGUCCCAGUUGCUUAUGGGACAGCCUACUAUGCUCUUUCGUUAUGUGGUAAAAUGAAAAAGGGAGAAAAAGUCUUAAUACACGCAGGGAGCGGUGGCGUGGGUCAAGCAGCCAUUACGAUAGCGCUUCACGCCGGAUGCGAAGUUUUCACAACGGUGGGUACACCGGAAAAACGAGAAUUUAUCAAAAAACAAUUUCCGCAAAUCGAUGACGAGCAUAUUGGCAAUUCUCGGGAUACAAGUUUCGAACAAUGGAUUAUUCGGAAAACACGAGGGCGGGGAGUAGAUAUUGUCCUAAAUUCAUUGGCGGAAGAAAAGUUGCAGGCCUCCGUACGUUGCUUAGCACGCAGAGGACGAUUCUUAGAGAUUGGAAAGUUCGAUGUUACCUCAAACAAUCCACUUGGAAUGGAAGCUUUUAUAAACGAAAUAAGCUUCCAGGGUAUAUACCUGGAUACCUUGUUCUCCGAACCUUCUGACAUGAAAUCAGAACUGGUAAGGAUUCUGGACGAAGGUGUGAAAACUGGCGUUGUCAAACCACUCGUUAGAACCGUAUUUCCGAUGGACCAGGUCGAGGCUGCAUUCAGAUACAUGGCAGCUGGAAAACACAUUGGCAAGGUCAUCCUCGAGAUUCGCGAGCAGAAAGAAAAAAGACCUCGGACUUCGUUACCACUGGCACAUCCCCGUUACUAUUGCUCGGAAGAUGGGAGUUACCUCAUUCAUGGCGGCCUCGGAGGUUUCGGUCUCGAGUUGGCAGAUUGGCUCGUACUACGUGGGGCUAAGAAUUUAGUACUAACAUCUCGAACCGGGGUAACAAAUGGAUACCAACAAAUGCGAAUUAAUGUUUGGAAAAGUUACGGGGUGAAGGUUGUCGUCGUUGCUGGAAAAGAUGCGUCAACGUCGGAAGGUUGCAGAGCUAUUUUAGAAGAAGCACUUGCUCUCGGCCCGGUACAGGCGAUAUUUAACUUAGCUGUAGUAUUGAAAGAUGGCAUGUGUGAAAAUCAGACUAUCCAGUCUUUCGAGGAGUCUUUCAAACCUAAAGCUCGAACCACGAAGCAAUUGGACGAACUAUCGAGAAGAUUGUGUCCAGAUCUCAAACAUUUCGUGGUAUUCUCAUCGGUAUCUUGUGGCAGAGGUAACGCGGGCCAAACAAGUUACGGUAUGUCGAAUUCCGUGAUGGAAAGAAUAUGCGAAAUACGUUCGGCCGAAAACCUACCAGGUUUGGCUAUUGAAUGGGGUGCCGUUGGCGAUGUUGGUCUAGUCGCAGAUAUGCAAGAAGAUAAUAAAGAAAUCGUCAUCGCUGGUACUCUACAACAGAGAAUAUCUUCUUGUCUCCAAGAACUCGAUCGCUUCUUGCAACAGACCUGUCCAGUAGUGUCAAGUAUGGUCGUUGCCGAAAAAGCGCUCGGUUCUGCGGGUGCUACGAACAUUGUCGACACAGUCAUUAAUAUAAUCGGGGUCAGGGACUUGAAGUCUGUCAGUAUGAACGCGCCGUUAUCAGAACUUGGAAUGGAUUCUAUGAUGGCAGUGGAAAUUAAACAGACGCUAGAGCGUGAAUUUGAGGUGUUUCUAUCUGCGUCAGACAUCCGUGCUCUUAAUUUCACACAACUUGUCGAAAUAUCUGAAAAUCAAUCAGCACAGAGACACGAACCCAAGAAAACCAUUGCUGAAAUAGAAGAUUUAGGUGGAGUCAAACUAUUGAUUCGAACGCUCGGCAUGGAUCACAUCAGUGAAGACAUUUGCGUGCCAUUACCGACGAAAGCGGAAGCUGGAAGAGGAGAAGCUUUCGUACUACCAGGAAUCGAAGGGACUCACACAAUCUUCCUACCUUUGGCUGGUAAACUGAAAUGCCCAACAACCUGUUUACAGCUCGGAACAAUAUCCCUAAAAUCAAGAACCAUCGACGAAAUGGCUGAUCAUUUAUUCGCCCUUGUCAAAGAGAGAACAAAGAAUCGUAGGGACUUUUUCAUAACUGGAUAUUCCUACGGAAGUUUGGUUGCGAUUGAAAUUGUGAGGCGAUUAGAAGCUGAAGGUCGCACGGGGCGGCUACUAUUAAUCGAUGGUUCCCCGGAAUACAUCAAAGCACUGAUGGGCCAGUUUUUCACCUUAGACGAUGAUGACAAGUUGCAAAACAAUCUAUUGAAAGCGAUAAUGGAUAUUGUAUCCCCCUCCGACAGCGUAGAGCUAGCUGAAAAGUUACAAAACUGCCGUACCUGGGAAGACAAAUUAGUAAUCUUCACGAAAAACGUGCCAGCAAAUAAAAAUUUGAAUCUAACGCCACAAGAACAGCAUUCUAUCUGUACAUCGAUUUACUAUAGAAUUAGGGCCAUUUUAAGCUACGACUCUACAGGAUUAUCACUUUUACGAACACCAAUAACUCUGAUUAAACCAAAAAUUCAGUCCAUCGGUUCGAUGUCCGAAGACUACGGCCUGCAAUCGCUUACACGUGGAAAGGUAGAAGUGCAUUAUGUGGAAGGGAAUCACGUAACGAUGUUGGACGAUGACGUCUGUGCAUCAGCUAUGAACGGAGAACCCAUAGAAGAUGCGGCAUCGCGUUCGUGGAAUGCACAAAGUUCGUUAUGAGGAUAAUUCAACAAGAUAUCGAGCACCGAAUUGAACACAGAUUGCAAAGAUCGGUGCAGUUUUCAUUACCGUUUACACUGGCAAACAACUUACGAAGGAAAUUCAUGGACGGUAAUAACGCGUAUGAUUCAGAACGCGGUCUUCAUUAUUUCUGUGAAUGGUGGUGGUAGUGACGUUAUUCACAGAGAUGUCUCCAUCGUGAAUUAUUAUUCGUUGAACACUCCGAAGUAUCGGAAUAUUUUUGUAACGAUAAGCGCAACAAUAAAGAAUCAAAUCUAUUCCAAA